CCUUUUGUCUCAUCUUUCUCCAUUGAAAACAUAAUGUAAGGCCCCAAAUCAAUCUUAAAUGGGCCUCUAGGAGCGAGGCGAAAGAUGAUACAUCACAUCUGGACUGGCUGACCUUGUAGGAUGCAAAGACAGGACUAUUCAGCUAAAGCACAUAAUGGGCAAAUCUCCACAGGUGACGGAUAAAACAAGUAACUGAAUCAAGGAACAAAAAUCACCAUACAUUCAUGGGUCAUUCAAGUGAACACGUCAGACAGCAAUGGGUAUAAUAAUACUCAUUGGAUUUUCUGAUUCCUUAAGCUGUUGUUCAUGGGAAGAAGAUCAAGCUAGUGUUGUUCAAUAAGAAUCGGUGGUACCAUGUUGGUCUUACAAUUCCAUAGACCGAUAACUACUGGAUCAUCUCCAAUUAAUGGUUUCCAUAGGCAAGGAGGAGGAAAGUUUCAGAGGAAUCAGCAGAAGUUUCGUUUGAACGCCCAAGCUCUUCCCUCCAGAACCCAGAGGAUAAUGGAAAGUAUUUCAGUUAGUGGUGAAGUGGGUGGAGCUGGUGGAUCAUACUCAUACAAUGCUUUGAAGAGGUUGGAUCAAAUAUGGACUAAUCUUUGUUCUAUCCAAACAGCUCCAGAACAACCAUAUCAAGUAGUUUCACAGUCCCCAGGGACAUUCAACGUUUCCGAUGUUGGUCCCAAAGAAAUACUUACAUUUGAUGUGUUAGUUUGCGGAGGUACUCUAGGGAUUUUUCUUGCAACUGCGUUAAGUUUGAAGGGACUUCGAGUAGGCAUUGUUGAAAGGAAUCUCCUAAAAGGGAGAGAGCAAGAGUGGAACAUUUCGAAGAAAGAGCUCUUGGAACUUGUGGAAGUUGGCAUUCUGAAGGAAGAUGAUAUUGAACUAGCAACAGCAAUGAAAUUUAAUCCUAACAGAUGUGGAUUCGAGGGAAAAGGGGAAAUAUGGGUAGAAGACAUUCUUAAUCUUGGUGUUUCUCCAGCUAAACUAAUAGAAGUAAUGAAGAAACGUUUUACUUCCCUUGGUGGCAUCAUCUUUGAGGGAUGUAGCGUGUCUAGCAUAAAUGUAUUUGAUGAUGCAGCAGUUUUAAAACUCGCUGAAGGAAAAACUCUGUCUUCGCGUCUCAUCAUUGAUGCGAUGGGAAACUUUUCCCCCGUGGUAAAACAGAUAAGAUCAGGAAGGAAGCCAGAUGGUGUUUGCCUGGUUGUCGGUUCAUGUGCUCGUGGUUUUAAGGAUAAUGUAACAAGUGAUGUCAUAUUUAGUAGUUCAUCUGUAAAGAACGUUGGGAAUGCACAAGUGCAGUAUUUUUGGGAGGCUUUUCCAGCUGGGUCUGGUCCUACAGAUCGAACUACCUAUAUGUUCACUUACGCUGAUCCUCAACCAGGGUGCCUGAAAUUGGAGGAGUUAUUAGAAGACUUCUGGGAUUUGAUGCCUGCUUACCAGGGUGUUUCACUUGAUGAUCUAGAGAUACUGAGAGUCAUCUAUGGCAUUUUCCCUACAUACCGUGACAGUCCACUUCCAUCUGCUUUUAAUCGUAUUCUACAGUUUGGGGAUGCCAGCGGCAUACAAUCACCAGUCUCAUUUGGUGGAUUUGGAAGCUUGACUAGGCAUCUUGGCCGAUUGUCAGAUGGAAUUUAUGAAGCAGUUAAUAAUAAUUUUCUUGACUCUUCUAGCUUGUCCUUGCUGAAUCCAUACAUGCCAAACUUAAGUUCAUCCUGGCUGUUUCAAAGAGCAAUGUCAGCAAAACCAGAAGCUAAUGUUUCACCAGAUUUUAUUAAUGAACUUCUCUGCGUAAAUUUCCAGUGUAUGGAGAGACUCGGCGAUCCAGUACUCAGACCAUUUCUUCAGGAUGUUAUACAAUUUGGUCCUCUAGUGAAGACAUUGGGCUUAGUUAUGAUAACCAAACCUCAAAUUAUUCCUUCUAUAUUCAAACAGGUGGGAGUUCCUGUGCUCAUAAGCUGGUCUGGACAUUUUUUCAUGUUGGGUUACUACACAUUUCUCUCAACCUUUGUUGAUCCUGUCAUAAGACCAUGGGUGAAUACACUGCCGGCCAAAAUGAAGUAUGACUGGAGAAGACAUCUGGAGGCUUGGAAGUAUGGAUCUGGAUUAGAUUACACGCUAUAAGGGUUUAUUCAACAUUAAAGGAACACAACAUAAAUAGAGCAAUCGAUCCUUUAUGAUGUUCUACAGUGCAAGAAUUAAACCAACUGUUCUUCAACAGCAGCAUGUUCCAGAGUUUUCCUAGACUGGUGAAGUCUGGAAUCUGAGUAUUUCUAGUUUCUCGAGAAGCUGAUUUUCAAACGACAACCCGACUACAGAUAACUGAGAGUUGUGUCAUAUGCCUGAUGCUCUGUGAGGUCUUUGCGCAAGUUUUGGCAUGAUACUGUAGCUACUGUCUUUCUGUACCAAAGAAAUUUGUAUAAUAUAAUAUAAACAGACAUCAUAAAUGCUCACAGAAUUAUGGCAUUUUCAGAUCUCCCAGUGUAUGUAUUAGACGAAUGAGCCUCAUUUCUACACAUGGUGUGGACCAAACUCAGCGCUUGUUGCCAGCCCACGAGAAACGCUUCGUUCAAAAAUAACCAAAAUA